AUAGCAGGGGGGUUGAAACUAGGUGAUCACUGUGGUUGUUUUCAACCCAGGCCAUUCUAUGAUUCUAUGAAGCAUGGGUGGAGAUAGGAUGGUGAGGAGACUGUCUAAGAUGCCUGGUUGUGUUUGUGGCAGGAAGAGAUCCAACUCCUGACCUGUGGCCUAAUAGUGCUGUUACCUUGUUUUUUAGCCUGUUCUGGCUGACGUAAGGGUAAUACUGUGGCAUCCUUACCAUGGCGAUGCUAGGACAUUUUAGGUCUCUCUGAGAAGGAUGAAGUUAUGUAUGCUUAUUGUUGGUAUUUCCAGACAGCUGGUAGUUCUGAGGCAAGUUCUCAGCAAAACCAGUGAUUGCCUUGCAGCCCACAAAGGUGUCACACACUACUUCCAAUGACAGACAUAGAAAUUACAUCUCUUCCUGCAGUGUUGACACUAGGGUUUUGUGUAAAGAGCAGCUUAUUAACUUGGCAAGAUCAGACUUGGCAUGUUCUGUAGUUUGAAGAGUUAAUCACAGGAUACUUCUCCCUUACCUUGGGAGAAGAGAAGGAAAGGAAGAGUGCAAAAAUAUAGGAUAAACUAAUUUAUUAAAAGAAAUGUGAGCUAAUACAGAAUAAUUAAGAGUAAUAAAUCAAAAUGAACCAAAAAUGGAUCCAGAGGAGAGCGAACCUGUGCGAGUCCUUAUAGACAGGCCCUCCACUGCGUAUGUACUGGAAAAGACAAGAGAGGUCUUCCCCUGUCACACAAAAAAUCAUGUGGAGGCUCCUGGGAAAUGCAGUACAUCCCAGUAUGUCUUACUCUUGGAGAAUCAAAACUUGUGUGAGGCUGCUAGAGAAACCAGGAGACACAACUCUGCAGUGCCCAGUGCUUCUUUCUGCACCCAAACUGUCGCAUGAUGUCAUGAUAUGGAAUACUGGUAAACCAGGACAGAACAUUUCUCACAUUGUCUACUAUUGUCUACUACAUUGUCAACAAUAAAACUAUUGUUGUGUUUGUGCCUUUCUUCCUCCCCCUGCAGCUACAGGAAUGUGCACAGAUUGAUUGGUUUCCACCAUGUUCUCACAGUGCUCGCAGGAGCUGUUAAAGAUUGCAAAUCUUCAUCUCCGGAGUCUGAAUUUGAAUCUGCUUUUAAGAAAUCAAAGGAGAGCUUUCAGCAAGUCACUGCCUGCGUGUCGAAGGAAAGUAGUUGUUACGGGUAUUGGCUUGGUGUCUCCUCUCGGUGUGGGGACUCAGCUUGUGUGGAAGCACCUUCUCCAAGGAGACAGUGGGAUUGCAUCACUAGAUGGGGAAGAAUACGCGGGCAUUCCAUGUAGAGUAGCUGCCUGUGUGCCACGGGGAGAUGAAGAGGGCCAUUUCAAAGAAGAGAGCUUUGUUUCAAAGUCAGAGAUCAGGUCCAUGAGUUCUGCUACUGUCAUGGCCAUCGGUGCAGCAGAGCUGGCAAUGAAGGACUCUGGCUGGUCUCCACAGUCUGAACAGGACCAUUUAAGAGCUGGUGUGGCAAUUGGAAUGGGAAUGGUUCCACUGGAAGAGAUUUCUGAUACAGCCGCUUUAUUUAAAACAAAGGGUUAUAACAAGGUCAGCCCAUUCUUUGUCCCAAAGAUUUUAGUCAAUAUGGCAGCAGGUCAGAUCAGCAUUAAAUACCAACUGAAGGGGCCAAAUCAUGCCGUGUCAACUGCUUGUACCACCGGCGCGCAUGCUAUUGGAGACUCCUUUCGAUUUAUCGCCUUGGGUGAUGCUGAUGUCAUGUUGGCUGGAGGGACUGAGGCUUGCAUUAGUCCUUUGUCCUUGGCUGGGUUUGCAAGAGCUCGGGCCCUAAGCACUAGUUUUAACACAAGACCUAAAAUGGCAUGUCGGCCAUUUGAUUCACAGAGAGAAGGGUUCGUAAUGGGAGAAGGUGCUGCAGUGCUGGUCUUGGAAGAGUACGGACAUGCUGUGCAGAGAGGUGCCAGGAUCUAUGCAGAAAUUUUAGGUUAUGGACUGUCGGGUGAUGCUUGCCACAUAACAGCACCUAAUCCGGAGGGAGAUGGUGCAUUCAGAUGUAUGUCUGCAGCAAUAAAAGAUUCUGGAAUCAAGCCUGAAGAUGUAACGUAUGUCAAUGCACAUGCAACUUCUACUCCUUUAGGAGAUGCUGCUGAGAAUCAAGCAAUCAAGAAACUUUUUAAAAAUCAUUCACGUAAUCUUGCAGUUUCCUCGACAAAAGGAGCAACAGGACAUCUUUUGGGAGCUGCAGGAGCUAUUGAAGCAGCUUUUACUGCGCUGUCCUGUUACCAUGCAAUUUUGCCACCUACUUUAAACUUAGAAAAAACAGAGCCGGAGUUUGAUCUCAAUUAUGUUCCAUUAACAGCUCAGGAAUGGAAAACUGGAAAGCGGCGUAUUGCACUUACAAAUUCAUUUGGCUUUGGUGGUACUAAUGCAACUUUGUGCCUUGGAAGUGUUUGACUUGUGCUGUGCGUGUUGUGAAAAGUGGCACUCAAUGAUUUUCCAUACUGCCAUCUUUGCUGUAUACUGUAAUCUUUUCUCAGCAUUGAGAUUUGAUACAUAACUUUAUUCACUCCAACAUUUACAUCAGUAAUUCUUUUAAAAAGAGAGAAUUUCUUUUACUUGUUUUAGUAAAAAUAAAGACCUACUCUUCAUGUGGUAGAUAAGUUUUUAUUUUUGCUCAAAAAGGAGACUUGUAGCAAGUAAUCUGAGUAGUGUGUUUUGUGAGAAGAGGAUAAAAAUGAUAAAUUCUGUUUUUCAGUGGAAUGAUACAUUUAUGAUUACUGUGUCUUCACUGGUCUCCAUCAUUUCUGGGGCCAAAUGAUUAUCCUCUUGUGAACUCUGACUUGCUUAUUGACUGAAAGGCAGUUUUUUUCUUGAUGUUUUCUCCUUCUGUUUAAUCUAAAUUUGUUUCCUAUGAUGUUCUUUCCAGCAUUCAGGAUGGAAUGCCAUCUGGCUGUGCAUAUGGACAUGAGUUCUAUGUAGUGAAAGGAAAAAAUGACAUUCAUGCUUAUGGUAGGCUCUUAUAUCUCGUCUUGUCUUAGCUUGUCCGAUCUCACAUGAACUAUAAACUGAUAAAGUGGGUUAGGUAGUGCUCUUUUUUGGCAUUGUGCUUAUAAUACUGCUCACUGUGCACUGGAAGACUGUAUUAGGCACUGGAGUGGAAGGUACUGCCUCUCAAGAACAUGGAUUUCUGCUAAUCAGCA